AUGCCCAUGUCGCGGGCCCCGAGCCUCCAAAAAUCACACGGCUUAAAUAAGCCAAUGCCUCCAAGGUUAUUGCUAUAUACCGGUGAAUCACCACCAACCAUCAUGGUCACUGUUCGUCCGCUCGUCCGUCAGCUUGGCCCAUCACCUGCUAUCUGGCCUGACAGGCCCGUAACCGCCCUUCCGAUCCACGUAGCGAUACCAAACCUUAUCGAACUUCUCGAAGAGUUUGGCGUGGGUCAAGUUCCGAUCCUCCCCAGUUACCACGAUAGCCCGCGUAUUCUUGCUUUGGCUAGCUCGAAACACAACAGUACACUAAGUCGGGUCAUGAUCAAAUCUGAAGAUUGUACGGCAGCCCUGGGUACGCUUCUCGCUGACAACCGUCGCCAAACUGGUGGCCUUUACAAUGACAACGACAACAGCGACUACGACGACAAAAGCAGAAGACAACUCUUGCUUGCCGAAGCCUACCCGAUCACGAUGAGCCAACUAUUUUGCUGCUCAGGCGCCAUAGCUCUUCUUUUCCCUGUCGGCUACUCGCCAACAACAACAUCAGCAAGCGCCCUUUGUUGGGAUUCGCUACCGAACAAAUUCGCCAAAUUGGUGAACCAGACUUGCAUUAGUUUUCCUUUCAGAGCACCCAACGUUCAGCAUGACAAGGAGCAGCUGCCAGCACAUGUGCCACUUCAGCUAGUGAAGCUCUUCGAGAUUACUCAUAGCACGCAAUACUCCUACUCGCCAUGUGUCAGUCCGGUAUAUCUGGCCUUUGCAACCACUGCCCUUCACCAAAUUUUCUUCAGCAACCCGUUAUUCUCCCGCAUGCUUGCGGCGUCAUGUCACUCAAUUCACCAUACUCACCGAACUCGCCAACGAGUUGUCGUCCGUAUACCGUUGGCAAAAAUUCGAGUAAUCGCCGCUGACAUACAAUCAAUGCAUUCAAAGCAGGCUUUCAAAAUCCGGGAAAUUCGGAAAAGGUCAACGCAGGGUUAA